AUGGCGCACGCGACGCUACUUGGCUCUUUGCGACCCGUCGCACCACGAGUCUCACUCCGACGCGCUUUAUUCCGCCGACUUCACGCCGGCCAGUAUCAACCAUUUGUCCCUCCGACACCAAGCUCCCUAGGCAAGCCCACACCAGCCAAGACAUAUACCCGCACCCUAAAAUGGCUCCGACGGCUAUUCUACGUGUCAUUGACCACAGGCAUUAUCUACGGAAUCGACAAGCAGUUCUACGCCUCGUCAUUGACCCGUACAACCCGGACUUUCUCCUUGGGUCUUCUCGUUGCGCUAGACUACAAGAUUAAUUUCCGACCGAACCCUCCACUUGCCAGCUCAAUCGCUGCUGUACAUGCUCGUAAUGCGGAGCGGUUGUCGGACCUGCUACGUCAUAAUGGUGGUCUCUAUCUCAAGAUCGGCCAGGCAAUUGGCAUGCAGUCGGCGAUUCUGCCACCAGAAUUCCAGCGAAUGUUCUCGCGCAUGUUCGAUGAUGCGCCGCAGAAUGACUGGAAGGAUGUUGAGAAGGUUAUUUGGGAGGACUUUGGCCAGUCGCCCGAGGAGGUAUUCGGUGUCUCGUUUACCGGAGAGCCUGGUAAAGGUGUGAUGGAACGUAGGGCCCGUGCAAGUGCUAGUGUGGCUCAGGUACAUUGGGCACGUCUUCAUGAUGGUAGGGAGGUGGCUAUCAAGAUUCAGAAGCGGGAGAUCGUACAACAGUUGGCUUGGGAUCUGUGGGCUUUCAAGGCCGUCACAUAUAUCUACAGUAAACUGUUCGACAUUCCAUUCUACAGCUUGGUACCAUAUAUCACCGAAAGAUUAUCGUUGGAGACCGACUUUGAAAAUGAAGCGACCAACUCAGAGAACAUGGCUCGACUGGUGGCAGGGGAGCCCCGGUUGCGCGAUCGGGUGUACAUCCCCAAAGUAUACCGGGAGCUUACCUCGAAACGAGUCAUGACCGCUGAGUGGAUUGAAGGGGUACGUCUCUGGGACAAGGAUGCUAUCACACGGUCGUGGCGAGGUGGCUGGCGUCAGGGAAGUCCAGGAUGUCAUGGAACGCCCUUGGACUCCCCAACACAUAGAUUCCAGGAUUCAAGCGCAGCGAACGUCAAGCCGGAACGUAAUGACUGGCGGGGCCGAAACAACCGCGGCGGACUAGGUCUGUCUCUGAAAGAUGUGAUGACCACAAUGGUCGACUUAUUCUCGGCUCAGAUGUUCCUUUGGGGAUGGGUACAUUGCGACCCACAUCCUGGAAAUAUUUUCAUCCGCCGCCAGCCCUCAGGGCAGCCUGAGCUGGUCCUCAUCGACCAUGGACUUUACAUUCACAUGGAACCGGGCUUUCGACACCAGUAUGCACGCUUUUGGAAAGCGCUGCUGACAUUUGAUAAUAAAACGCUGGGCGAGAUCGCUCAAAGUUGGGGUGUGAAAAACUCCGACAUCUUCGCUUCGGCGACCCUGAUGCGCCCUUAUAAUGGCGGUGACAUGUCAACUUACCAUGGCAUCAAGGGUCUGAGUAAGGCGGAGCGCGCAGAGCGGCAAUACGAAAUGCAACAGGCUGCGCGCAAGGCCAUCCGUGAGGUUCUGGGUGAUGAGACGAAAUGGCCCCAGGAGCUGAUCUUCAUCGGACGGAAUCUGCGUAUCGUACAGGGAAACAACCAGUUUCUCGGAUCGCCGGUGAAUCGGGUCAAGAUCACCGGUUUAUGGGCUUCGCGUGCGUUGGUAGAAUCCCCAGACCUACCCUUUCCAGAGAAGAUGCGCAAUCUGGGUCGACAUCUGAUAUUCCGCUUUGUGUUGUUUACUACCGAUAUCUUCUUCUACUUCACCAAGGUGCGCCAGUUCCUGCAUCUAGGUAGGGGUAUGGAAGAUGAACUCGAGCGUCAGAUGCAGGGAAUUGCUAAGGAUAUGGGUGUAGAACUGAAUCAUAACGUUUUUGAGGGAUAG